AAUGCAUGCAGGGAUAACAUGCUAGCAAGUAUCAGCAGAGCCAAUAGAUGAGCUUAUGGACAUUCUAAUGGGAAACAGGCUUCAAUACAAGCGGUUGUCUUCCGCUUGGUCAUAGUCCUCAACCAGUGUCUAUUUAACAUAGUGUAGUAUAGGUUUUGGAUGGUUAUAAGUGCAGGAGACAAAAAUCGACUUUGGAAAAAGUAGGGGGACAUGCUGCGCUGACUUUGGAACACUGUGGCUCAGGGGCUAGGUUAGAGCAGGCCACUCCUGUUAAAUGAAGGAACAGGAAUGCACAUCAACUCCGUUUCCCCUGAGUCAUGUAUUAUGUGCUGCCACAGCCCUGAGUUCUAGAAGAGCAGCAGCCCUGAGUAGGUCCAGUCUGACCCUAGCUAUGAUCGGAGUUCAUACCAGAAAGUGAAGAGCAGAAUGUACACAGAGAGAAGCUGAAACUUGAGAAAGUCCUCAGAGACAUGUUUAAAACACAGACAAACACAUCUGGAUAACAUAAGCUGAGUGGGCGAGGCCAGCAGAGGGUGGAUCAGACGGAUAUCCUCAGACCCUCACAAAACUGAUGCAAGUUCUGCUAUUGCUGAUCCACUGUGGACACACUGAUAUUGCUUCUGAACAAGUCUAGGUUCUACUGAGAGCUUUUGGACCAUUCCUGGACUGGUACCGCUGUGACUGAAACUCAAGGAAACCAGAAGCAGCUAUUUGUGGUCUAAACUGUCUGAAAAGUGAGUACAGUAGAGAAAAACCACAGAAGAGGAAUGAAGCUGACUGUUGGGACUCCCCUCUUUGUGUUCAUUCUGUCAUCCAUCUGCAGUGUCUCUCCAUCUUCUCAUCCUGGAGAUGUAUGUUCGGUCACGCCUGUCCGUCUACGAACUUUCCGCCUGAUUACUAACUGUAACAUCACCACUCUGAAGGAGAAGCAGCUGAAGGAGAUCCAGGCUCCAACCAUCAAUGUUUACCUGCCAGUUCUAUACCUUCUGGCCUUUUGUGUGGGUCUGCCGGUCAACAUAUUGGCUCUUUGGGUUCUGGUUUUUCGAACUAAACACCUGCCAUCGACCACGCUGCUCAUCAACCUGACACUGGUAGACUGUCUGCUGCUCAUGGUUCUGCCAUUUCGUAUCGCCUACCAUUUUCGAGGAAACAACUGGGAGUUGGGUGAGCCUUUGUGCCGCAUUGUCAUGGCUGUAUUUUAUGGUAACAUGUAUGGCUCAGUCUGGUGUUUGGCCUUUGUGGCUUUGGACCGAUAUGUAGCUGUGGUUCACCCUCUACGCGCCAGGACUCUGCGAAGCCAGCGGAUGUCUCUGUACAUGACUGGAAUGGUAUGGGUGGUGAUUCUGGCCGCCAUGCUGCCACUGCUACUCUCCCAGCAGACCUACAGGCUGAAUGAACUCAACAUAAUGACCUGCCAUGACGCGCUGCCUGGGGGGGAACAGGAGAACUACUUCCUUCCGUACUUCAGUACUCUGUUUGCUUCCUGCUUUCUGCUGCCCUUCCUCAUCAUGUUGUUUUGCCACAGUGCUGUGCUACACACCCUGAUAGCUGAGAGGACGCGCUAUGCAAACGCCAUCCGGGUAACCUUGCUGGUGUUGAUUGUUUUCAUUGUGUGUCUGCUGCCCAGUAAUGUCCUCCUUCUUCUAACUUAUGCUGACAGCUCAUUGGAUGUGGACGGCGAGGACCUCUAUGUUCCCUACAUGAUUAGCUUAGCAAGCAGUGCAUUUAACAGCUGCAUUGAUCCCUUCAUCUUCUACUUCGUGUCCCCAGAGUUCAGAAAAAAGGUCAAGAGCAUGCUUUGUUGCUGUGACAACCAUGAGAAUCAGAUAUCAUCUCCAAGGAACAUGUCCUCAUCAUCGGGCCAGAAGUCAAAGGUCAUUGUGUUGCCCAUGAGCAGUCGACGAGGGACACCUGAGAGUGAAAAUAGACUGUCACCUAACUGCAGAUAUCAUCGCAGCUAGUGCUUAACUAUUGUAAAAACAAAAUCAUGGAUUGCUUCUUUCAAGUGAGACCCAGCGUUGAUCUAUGACCAUGGUUAUGAUCCAGUCAACCACUUUUUCUGGUGGAUAAUGGCCCAGUUAAAACCUCAAACAGCUGAAACCUACUUCUACUAGUUCAUCAGAUUGGGUUAUUCAGGUCAGAACCAAACAAAAAACAUGUAAUGAAGUAUCAUAUGUGACUGUGAGGGGCGGUGAUUGACGAGAAAGUCUUGGGUGUUAUAAUAACCAACAGAUCAUCCAUUUGCAUCUUUUGCUGGCUGCAGCUAAAGCUAAUCAUGCACAAGCUUUGCUCAAAACAACAAUAAACCUUGUUACCAAAUGACAGCAUGAGUGAUGCUUAGUUAAAAGAACUAGGAUUAACAUCAAACAGAAGAACUGGAGGUAUUUAAGUUAAAGAACAGAAGUUAGUUUGCAGUUGAGUCAGAGAACUAUAAUGUUGAACUCCAGAGGACAUGAAUUGACCCGGGGUGACGGUGGCACAGGAGUCAAGAGCUCGUCCUGUAAUCGGAAGGUUGCAGGUUUGAGCCUCGCUCAGUUUGUCACUGUGUCCUUGGGCAAGACGCUUAACCCGUCUUGCCUGCUAGUGGUGGCCAGAGGGACCGGUUGCGCCACUGCUGGGCAGCCUUGCCUCCUUUCAGUGCACCCCAGGGCAGCUGUGGCUACAUCGUAGCUCAUCCCCACCAGGGCGUAAAUGUGUGUGUAAAUGACUGAUUAUGUUGUAAAGUGCCUUGGGGGGUUCCAGGACUCUAGAAGGUGCUUCAUCAAAUACAGGUCAUUUACCAUUCCUUCUUGAACAUUGUUUCCUUUAAGGGGGGACAUAUUUAGCAAGACUCCCUUUAGCAUCCUUGGGUCUCUACUGCCUCUGUUAACAGUCCAAAGAUGAAUAGAAACAAACUAAAUAAAUAAUAAAAUUAAAGGCCUGUCAGGGUUUGAUUCUAGGCAUUAUGAGCCUAAAACCUAUUAUGGCAUCAUAAAAAAGGAAAUUAGCUUAGAACCACGCCUUAUGACGAGGAGCAGUGGCUCUACUGUGAUCCCCUUCCAGAUGUCCAAGCUCCUCACCUAAUAGCAGCCAAUCAAGGCAUGGGUGGGCAUGGCCAGCAGCAGUUGGCUUUUCUCAAAGUGGCAGUGUGGAGUUUUACCUUUAAUCUCUGGAAAUGUGCAUCGAAAUGUUGUUGAAAAUGAACAAAGUCAUGUCCGGUCGUUGAAAAAUAUUGGCGGCUUUACACCAUAUAACCAUAAAAAUCAGGUCUAAAGUAUAAGGUCUAGCAUCUUUGGGGGCACCAUAUUUCCUUCUUGUCGGCUCGUGGUCUCACGCCUGUCGAUGACAUCACACUAGAAGAUUGGCUGGAUGUACGACUCUAUGACAUUACCAUGAUUGAAAACAUUUAGGUAGUAAGAAACACUAAUUUAAUAACAAAACUCCUAAACUCUUUCCAAAACCUAUAUGAAAGAACAGAAUUGAAAAAGAGAUGCAAUAUAUUUUGGCCAAAUGAUAUUACCGUCGUUUGAUGACGUAAUUGGCAAUCGCAGGACUUCGAGCAGAUCCAGGAACAACAAUCAGCAUUGCAUUCUUGUGCGCUGAGGCACUGAAGAUAGGUGCCAGUUCUAUCUCAAGCGCUGUGGCGCCGCAGCUGUUUACAACAAUGUGAAGUAUUUUACAACAGACUUUACGACACAGAACGGCUUUAUGGCACAAACCCAACUGCCAGCAAAAACCCAGCUGCAGUUUUGAUAACUUUAAAGUAUUAUUGAUCUUGAAAAUUCCAAUUUUAAUUAAGAGUCUCACAAAACAUGACCACAACUCUGAUCACGUAUAAACAAUAGUCACUUCCUGCUUCCUGUUCUCAAGUCCUGUGUGAUGUUGUAACUAUCGCACGACUUGUCCUGUGUGACCACUUGACUUCUCAAAAUCGCAGGCGAGACGUGGUGCAUCUGCCUCCAGUGUGCCCCAGGCUUCAAAGUCUGAGGAGCCACACCAAGGUCACAUGCUUUCUGCUCCACAGGUAACCUUUACCGUAAUUUUUUUUUAAAACUAGCGACAGUCACGACAAUAUGGUGUAAAACUACCCUGAAAUAUGUGUACCGCCCCCAAUGCCAGGAAACUACACAGUGCCACUUUAAAGCGACAGAGCCCUGAAACGACUCAUUCUUUUUGCUGUGUUGUUGUUUGUUGUUUUUGUUUGAAUGUUGUUUGCUGACGUACAGCACUUUGGUCAAUCUUUGUAUUGUAUUUAAAUGUGCUUUAUAAAUAAACUUGACAUUGACAUUCAGGAAAGUACUAAAAAUGUCAAGAAUAAAACUCCUGAGAAUAACUUAUUAGGCUUAAAAAUACCACACCAUGUCCCCCUAUAACGUUAACUAUGAUACUUGUUAUACCACCACCACAUGACUUGUUUUUAUGUCGUGGUGAUGAUGCAGGUUUUAAGUGUAUGUUAUCAAUGUGUGUAAAGCAUUUGUCACACUAAAAUGAUAACAGGAAUUUUCUUGGUUACAGCUGUCAGCUUAUUUUGCCCCUAAUUUGUCAUUUUAGAGCUGCUGUAGCAUUAAGGAAGGCAUUACACUGUCCAGCCAUCUUCAUUUACCUGAGAAACAGUGUGCUCCGUUUAUAACCAUCUCUCCAUAAGCCAGCCUUGCUACCUGGGGAACUGCCAGAACAAAGUUCCUCUCCUGCUUCCUUUAUCUGCUGCAAGUUACAAGACAUCUCCAGAAGACAGGACUCUUAAUAUGAAAAGAAUCAUAUGCUUUCUAUACAAUUAUUUUCUUAUUUUACAGAUUAAUUACAAUCAUAGAACAAUGAGUGUUUUAUCUAAGGUGAAUUUAAUAAGACUUGUUUUCUUGAAAGUAAUGAUUUAAUCAAAAUAACUGUUUAUUGUUUAAAUUAUUUUAGAUCUUGAAUGCACCAAACAAAUCUACUUGAUGAGUUAAUGAUGAUUUUAUUAUCAGUCAUGUCACAUAUUAAUAUCAGUAUGUUAACAAUAAUACCAUAUAUCAAAGAAGCUCUCAUCACUGGUAUAGCAGGAUCCGCACACUGACGUUGGAUGGUUAUGAUUCAUUGAUAACUAAUCAAACAUCAUUAAAUUCAGCCAUAUUGAUCUUGUAAGCCCAGACUUCACCUUUCCUAAAACAGCAUCCAUGAUCAUGUUUCAUGAGAGUUUUGUUAUAGUUUACCUCUCAAACUGUUUUGGUUCUGACUUUGUUCCUAACUUGUCUUUUUAGAGCUGUUCUGUUCUACUGGACUCUAUUGGUGAAAUAGGUCAAGUGUUCGUUUAUCCAGAAGUUCUCACCACUAUGAUCCAAAAUAAUCCCAUACAGAACCAUGGUGCUGGUCUCCUGUGGCACACCUCUGACCUUUCACUAGGUUGCUGGCAUGAGAUGUGAAUGUUUUCACCAUGCAUGAGUAGGUUUUCUCUGGGUACUCCAUUUCCUCACACAGACCAAAAACAUGCAUGUGUAGGUUAAGUGAUGACCCUAAAUGACCCGUAACACUGUCUGCACGCGCGCGCACACACACACACACAC